GGUUGAUAUACAAUGGACCACCACCAUUGCUAACACUACCAUCACCACCACCACCACCAACGUGUCUGAUCAAAAAACACGAUCACGAGAAUAGACAAUGACGUGGCCAAAAGAAGACGACUAUAAAGACGGCGACGACUUUCGGGAUCUCUCGAUUUUCCUACCCCCUUUUCCUCUCUUCAUGAUUCAACGAUCUAUCGUUUAGAUCCACGAACUUUUCUAUCCGCCUCCGACUUUUAUUUAAAAGACUCAACACGAUUGAGUCUCGGGCAUUCGGCUUUGGACCGAUACCAAAGCAAGAAGGAAAUAUCUCGUGGUAGCAAGGGACUAACGUUAAAUGAUUCGAUUCGGAUAGCCUUCGUAUAUCGAUAGCCCGAUAUCUCUUCGAUACACCUCAAACCACAAACUUUUCACUCUCCCUGAUAUCUAUCAACAUUUCAUCGUUAUACCGAAAAUCGUUUAUCCGUUCGUCUGUUCCAACAACGAGUGAUUCCCUCCCAAAAAUAACGCGUCACGAAAUGCCGUUAUCGUAGAAGCUAUUUUACGUGGCUCCGACUCGAAUCGUAUUACGAUUUUGGUAUAUCGCUCACAAAAGCGCAAAACCACCGAUAGCAAGCGAUAGUAGCAAUAACAUAGCCACCACCACCACCACCAGCACCAGCCAGCACCAUCAUCAUCAUCAUCAUCAUCAUCACUACCACUACCACUAGCAUCGGCAACAGCAGCAGCAGCAGCAGUAGUACGAAUAGCACGAGUAGUAGAGUAGGAUGGUUGGUGGUGGUCCUGACACAUCGAUCGACCGCGUGCGGUUAAAGGCUCGCUGGAAAAAAGAUGGUUCAAUCGAUUACCUUCCAAUGCUCAGAGUAAGAGCAGCCGACGAGCGUGUGUGAGGACUGAGAAAAGAUAGACAGAAAGAAAAGAUCAGAAGCAGGGAUAUGGCCAAGUAGAGAUGGAUCCGUGAUCUCCCUUGUCUUCUUCGCGAAGGGACUAAAAGGAACUUCUUGCCAACUCGCCGUAAACUUCUAUUUUCUUUUCUUUUCCUCUCUUCUCUUCUCUUCUCUUCUCUUCUCGUUGCUUUUCCCUGGCAACGACGAUCGACGAUCCACGACGAGGACCACGACGACGAUGAAGGUGGCGUCGGUGACGACGGUGGAUGAUGCUCUGCCACAAGCUGCUGCCUAAAGGCAUAGCGUCACCCGGACCGAAUUAAACAAGCAGAAAUAGCCCGAGUUAUUGCCGGCGCUAUCUAUCGCAGGUGCACGUAUCACCAUAAAAAGGAUCCAUCGCUUCGAAUAUAAUCACGUUACCGGAAUCAUUCUGUCCUUGAAUGGCUUGAGGAAGAUCGUAGGAUGCAACGUGAAACUUGUCGGGUUACAAAAGCAGGGAGAAACGGCGAAAUAGUUUAACGAGAAGACGCUGACGUUCGAAAUUUCACAAAGAAAUAAAUACUAGCUCAGUGGUCUUCGUGAAAAUUCGUGAAGAUGAAGGGAUGGUUCGAUGCAUUCAGAAACGAUGGUGGACCGACUCUCUAUAGUUAUAGUAAUCGUACACCCGUCACUGGCGAUGUUGCUCUUGUUAUCGUUUUCGUUAUUUUCGGUACAAUAUUCACAGCCUUUCUAGUCAUAUUUCCUGGUAUACGAAAGGAAAGACUAACUACGUUCCUGAUUGUAACCCUGAGCCUCUUCGUUGGAGCUACGAUUCAAGUCGCUCAGUAUGGUUCAUCUUGGCACACCAGUUCGGCAACCAUCGUUAGUUCGUACAGUGCUUUCUCCAGGCAUAGAACCAAAGCACAAAUCGGCGGUUACAUUGGACUCAUGCAUAUCAACAUUACCUACAAACACCUACCAGACAGUGAACACACGAACGACGAUGUCGAGUAUAAUGAGAGAUUCUCGUGGCGGGGUUCUAAUGAAAUGACGAGUGCUUUCAAACAAGCGCUCUAUCAAGGAGCUCCUUUUCCAAUCGUUUCCCUAGCGGAAUAUUUUAGCCUUCAUCAGGAAGGAUUUUCUUGGGGUAGCAAAUAUCGUGAAGCUGGUUACUAUGCGUCUAUAAUGCUCUGGACAACCUUUGCUUCUUGGUGUAUGAUGAAUUUAUUGCUUAUGGUCGUACCACGUUAUGGUGCAUACAGUAUGAUCAUGACAGGAUUGUGUAUGCUCUCUACAAACCUAAUUUAUUGGGCUUUACUACCUUGCGAACCGUUAAUUGCUCAUAUAGACGGUUCGAUUCUCGCCUUCGACAUGGGUUGGAAUUAUUGGUUGGUUUUGGUUGCAGGUAUCGGAUGUCUUUUCGCUGGAAUCGUGGUGACAGCGAUCGAUUUGAUAUUUCCUCAUCAAUUUUCAACUAUACUCGAAGUUGAUUAUGACACUCCAUAUGAUAGACAUGUUAUCAUCGAGGAGAGUUUCGAUACAAGAAAUGUUAGAAGAAAAUUGCCAAAAAUUGAGGAUUCCUUGGGCGAUCGUAUCAUGAGUCAGCUGUCGUCGAAGCUUCAAAACAGAAAUACGGAUCGAGAGGAUACGCAGGGCGUGAUAAAUAAAACUUAUGCUCCUCACAAAUCCUCUGAUUUUCAACAGGAACGUAAUAACGAUGAUCCUAGUAAGAGCAAUUGGUCUUAUCCCUUUCCUCCGGCGCCAAGAAGGAUGUUGAACUCUUGAUACUUGCGUUUGAUUUUAAAAGAAAUAAAUGUAUUUUAAUAUAUACAUAUAUAUAUAUACGAAUAUAUAUAUAUAUAUAUAUAUAUAUAUAUA